GUGUGUUUCUUUCUAAGUAUUUAAACUACACACCAGCUUAAACAGACACCGGUUGCUGCUCGUUAACUUCUUAGGGGCGGGGCAUUAUUACCAGGUCUGCUCUUUGAUUGGCUACCUUCAAUCUCCGCAGCCAUCUCAAUGGCUGAGCUCUCGUUAAUGCUGUUAGGUUGCGCCGCACUAAUCCCCAUCAUAACAAACAUCGCAUUUGACAGCAAAUUAAAUAUAUUUUGAGGACGAUAAGCAGCAUCACGUUGGCUGCGUCUCCUCAAAUCCUGCGUUAGGGUCCUCCUGACAUGAUUUAUCUUCACAAACGGUAGUCGGGAUAAUUAUUUCAAAUCCUUCCCGCUUGUGUGGCCCACCCACCAAGAAGGCUCAUCAUGCUGCGAGAGAGCUCCAAGGCGUGGAGCAACGGCUCUGAGGCCUACAGCAGCGACCCGGAUGAGGAGGAAGAAGAAGAGGACAUGGUUUUUGGGGAGAACGACCAGGACGUUGUCGGCGAGGAGAUGAUGGACCUGAGCGACCUGCCCACUGCGCUGUUUGCGUGUGGCGUCCAUGAGACGGUGUUCGAAGAUGACGUGGACAGGGAGAGAUUUGAGGCAGCGUUUCGGAUCUACGACAAGCAGGCCACCUUCCAGUUGUUCAAAAGUUUCCGGAGAGUCCGGAUCAACUUCAGCACCCCUGAAGCAGCCGCCCGGGCUCGCAUCGAGCUGCACGAAUCCGAGUUCAACGGCCGCAAACUCAAACUCUACUUUGCCCAGGUCCAAAAUGGCGAGGAGGACAUCGACAAAUCCUACCUGGCUCCCCCGCAGCCCGUCAAACAGUUCCUGAUCUCGCCGCCCGCCUCGCCGCCCGUGGGCUGGAGUCAGAGCGAGGACGCCACGCCGGUCAUCAACUACGACCUGCUCUGCGCAGUGGCCAAGCUGGGACCCGGUGAGAAGUAUGAGCUGCACGCUGGCACGGAGUCCACUCCAAGCGUGGUGGUGCACGUGUGCGAGAGCGAGACAGAAGAUGACGAAGCGGUGAGGCCCAAGCAGGAAAUUGUGCAGACCAGACGUCCCGACGGCCCACCGAAGGUCUUCAACUAGAUCCCGCCACCUGCUCCUACAGGCCGUUGUUGACCUGCAACACAACACGCCCUCUCUCUCUUACUCUCUCUGUCACUCUCUCUCUCUCUCGCCCUCAUCUUUGCACUCACAGAGAGCGCUGCCGCCAUCAUUCCAGCACAAAAACAGACAAACAUUGCUCCAGUUUUUGUGGGCCAGCGGAUGAGGCGGCUCGGUGGGACUGCAAGAGGACAAACACACACAUACACAUGCUCACCACAUUCUUGUGGUAGCGCACCUUUGAUUCCGCCAUGGACACACACACACACACACACACAGACACACACACACACGCUCGUCACGCGCAUCGCUAGUCCAGUUAGCGUGUUAGCCCCCCGCCCACAUACUUCAUUUAGCAAUGACGUGUGUUUUGGGGUUAUUUGCACUUUUUUUUUUGCUCCUUUUUUCCACUCAUGUUCAUAUCAACUCGCAUCAGGAUGCAUGUAUAUACUCGACGGCGUGAAACAAUACUAAUAAAGUGAAUAUUUAAUGUCACACACAUUGCACGGAGCGCCAUACGUGACUAACAAAAAAAAGUUCUGGUGGCUGAAUAUCUCUCCCGGUUUUUUAGUUUAAUUUAACAAUUAGAUGUGUGUUCUUAUUGUGCACUUUUUGCAUGCUUAAGACGCAGACGUUUCGUUUUGUGUUUGCAUGCACAACUCAAAAUGGCGUCAUUCGUCAUUUUCUUCUCCUUCAUUUGACUUUUUCACGCUCCUUCCACGUUGUUGACAUCAUUUUCUAACGUUCGUUCAGGCCGUGAGUCCUUUUUGCAAGGAGAAAUGCGUCCUCCCGCUUUUUUGUCCGGCUUGUACAUAGCGCUUGGUGGUUGUAGACGUUUUUUCUAGUCCAAGAGGGAAAGCUGCCUGAUGAGAUGUCAACCAAAGCAUUCUCACGUAUUUCCUUCAACAAAAGACAAUGACAGUAAAUGCGUACUGUCACUGAAUGCAUAUUUGCCCAUACAACUUAAGCAUUAGCUUUAGCAUCCGUCUUAGCCUUGUAUUGUUAUGUUUUACGGAAUCACGUCUUCUCCGUGUCCGCUAUUUUUGUUGGCUAAUGCUAAUGAUCAGUGACCUGUAUAAGAUUACCGCUAACUGUAUUUUUGGAGGAGCAGUAGAAAGAACAAGUGGCACCGCUAACCAUGUAGUUAGCAACUGAACUGUGGCUAAUGUGGCGUGUGACUCAUGGUUGCCAUUUGUAUUAAUUCCACGAAGCACUGUAAGAGCAGUAAGCAUACACAUACCAUUUUUUCCCCCCCUAAAUUCGGCAUGCUCGUACCCUGAUUCGAAUGUUAACAGCAGCAUCAGUGUGAGCGUACAAGCUAACCCUGUUCAUCUAAAGUUUGCACGUUUGCCAAUAUUCGUGACUCAUACUCCGCAUUUACGGCCCGCAGUCCGUAGGUUGCCCACCCUAUCAUCACAUUUUAGAUGGUCAGAUUGAGCUUUUUAGUAAACGAAAAGAUGCAUGACAGCACUUUAACUCUAUUUUUGUGAGCGUCUCCUUUGCACCAGUUAGGAACUUUUGUUCAUCUGACACCUUAACUGGCCUUGUGGUGCUGUUUUUCUUUUUUUUUUUCCAUCUCCUUGUGUCACAACAUCAUGGCUUAUUUUCCAUUCAUCCUCUAAAAGCAUUCUUAGUCAAGAUGUGUGACAGCAAAACAGAAAGCAGCUCAAAGGCCCAGCGACGUGAUGACUUUUUUGUACUCUUUGUGCUCACAGAUGUGUGUGUACGUGUAUAUUUUUGUACAUAUGCCAAAUUUUUAUGUUGCUGAGGCGCAGUCCCAGCACUUUGCGCACGCUCGCGCUUUGUCACGGCUUCUCUCGGACGAUGUUGACAAUGAAGAAGUGCAAUGAUCAUUUCAGAGACGCAAUAAUUUGUUUGUCACUACGUUAUUGUUUGUUAUUUUAUUUUUUGGGGUUGAAUAUUUUGGCUGAUGUGACUAAUACGUCUUGUACGGUUGGAAUAUCCAGAGAACAAAGUAGCAAAAAUGAGCAAUAAUUUACAGUUGUUAUAAUACCGGUAUGUGUGUUUUCAUGUUCUUUCUCUCUUAACGGUAUCUGCUUCUAUUUGUGUAGUAUUGUUUCACUUAGAGAACAUACAUAAAUACUUCUUCUUAAAAGCCA